AUGACGUCAACGGAGGCAGCGGCCCGACAGAAUAGGAAGCCGGGCAUGCUCGUCGUAAUGCGUGUGGUUGGUGUGCUGGCGGUAGUGUUGGCGGCUAUUCAUAUUGCGCUGUUGCUUCUCUUCACCGGUGAAGAGGAGCAUGAGAAGCCGACGAGGUUGACGAAGGAGGCUGGUGUGCGAAGCUUUUUUACCGCAGCUGGCAAUUUCCACUGCCCCCCAACAACGAACUACACGCCAGAGGAGGUUGCACAGCACGCAUCCGAGGCAGACCUUUGGGUGGUGGUCGACAAGAAUGUUCUUGAUAUGAGUACCUUUGUGCGGCAUCAUCCUGGCGGACUUCUGAUUAUGGAGGCUGCGGGGGGUGCUGACGCUGCAGAUCUCUUCGCGCAGCACCACAGCCCGUCGACAGUGCAGCUUUUCCAAAAGUACUGCGUUGGGCAGCUGAAGGAGUAG